AUGGAAGGCUCAGAUGGCUCCAUGGCCGGCGCUACAUCCAAUGCUCCAUCAGCUGCCGCUACUGCAGCUGUGCUCCAUCGAGAGCGAGAUCUUCCUCCAGCCUUUGAUGGCGGUGAUCCCUCAGCUUUCAAGCGAUAUGAGCGAGAUCUAGCUUUGUGGCAGUUCGAGACCGACUUGCCAGAGGCCAAGCACGGUGUCAAGAUGUUGAGGCAGUUGACAGGACCCGCUAGGGCUGCAGCGGAUGAAUUGUCAGUGGAACAAAUCACCUCAUCUUCUGGAUCUAGGUUGAUUUUGGAAAAACUCAAAGAGCAUUUUUCCCCAUACUUGGAAUCAGCCUUGCCUAGAGCUUUUGAGAAGGCGAUUUACGCAGAGCAUCGGAAACCACGGGAAUCACUUCAAGACUAUGUGAUUCGGAUGGAUGGGGCAUUCAAAGAUCUAAAGGAUGAGGGGAUCGCUCUCAACGACGUAGUCAAGGGAUAUGUCAUCUUUCGCCAUGCCAGUCUUACCCAGGUGCAAGAAGACCAACUCACAACGUGGAGCGCAGGAUCCUAUGAGAGGGAGAAGAUCAUCAAGGGUCCUCGCAAGCUUGAGAAGAUCAGUCGGGAUCAGAAGAACAAGUCCUAUGUGGUCGCCGAAGACGGCGAUGAUGUGAAGGAGAUGGAAGACUCCUAUGGCAUGUUUGGUGAUGACGAUGAUCAAGACUAUGUCUGGAUUGGAGAAGGCGAUUUGAACGACAUCUACGAAGAAAGUGAUUUGCAAGAGGCACUGGCUACCUACCAGGAAGUCAGACGUGCAAUCAGAGAGCAGAAAAACAGUCGAGGCGCAUGGCACAAGGGCAAGGGCAAAGAUCAGCGAAGGGGCACUGGACCGUUUCGCCAGCGUGGUGAUGCUGGCGCUCGCCGAGUGCACGUUGACAUGCUCAAGCUCAGGACGAAGUGUGCCCGUUGUGGCCAAAUUGGUCACUGGGCAAAGGAGUGCACAGGGCAGCCAGACGCUUAUGCCAAAAGCAAGGCAGAGAGCUCCAGGGGCAGCACCUUAGGUAGCAGCAUGUCCGGGAAGUCUGGAUUUUUCAGUGCUCAGGUGGACGAAAAGGCAGCGAGCUUUUGGUUGGAUCGUCAUGGGAAAUUUUGUGAGCCAGUUUUGGGGGACUUUUUGAAGAACAAGAACCAUCAACAGUCCGCUCCUUUUUGUGGAAUUUCUACUCUUCCUCAGCAUGGCGUAGUAGAUACAGCGGCUCAAUCUGGUCUCAUUGGGAAGGAGGCUUUGGACAGGCUGCAGAUCAACUUAGGGGGUCAUGGACUGAAAGUAGUUUGGAAAGACAAGAAGGCACAGGCAAGAGGUGUUGGUGGACCAGCACAAGUGGUUGGAGUUGCAGACAUUCCACUGGGCAUUGGAGGGGUUUGUGGAGUUCUAGAAUGUACGGUUGUUCAAGAAGAUGUUCCCUUGUUGCUGCCAAUUCGUUUGCUUCGUGAUCUAGAAGUUCUCAUCGAUUUAGCACAACAUGAACUCACAGUCAGAAAGUUUGGAGUCAAAGUUCCUUUGCACACCAUGCCAUCCGGACAUGCCACCAUAGCGAUCACAGAGUUUGGAGAAAAAGGAUGGAAGCUUCCCAUUGAAGCACAGCAGAAGGUUUCAACGAUCGUCCCAAUUCGAAGUCUUCGCUUCUUCAUGACAGUGCGAUGCAAUGUGCCUCCUUCGGAGUCGGGGGACGAGAGCAUGGGGCACUGUGCGGACUCGACCAAUGCGCUACUGCUCUGGCGUCUUCUGGGCAGUCGAGUGCUGAAAGUCGUCAAGGGAAAGAAUGCAGCAGAGGAAGAGGCAGAGGCAUUGCACUACGGUGGCUAUGUUGUUGGAUCAUGGCAGCAUCCAGCAUUCCCACCGCAGGAGCACAGCACAUACAAGACAGCUGCAGCAUACACACACUCACAGACGCCUUCAAGCAAGCACGAGGAGUAUGCACAGCAGAUUCAGCAAGGAGUGUAUGUGGGCCGCAGGAAGUGUGCCAAGAAGCCCACCCAAGAAGUGGAGGAGUGCAGUCACCCACUGAGGUCAUUGGCGGGAGCGGGCAACGGGUAUGGCAAGGAAGUAUGGUGCCAGGAGUGUCAUGCUCGUUGGAAAGUCUCCACAACAGUGCCGACGGCCAAGAAGAGCACAACAACAGCAGCAGCGAAGGGUGCAGCAGCCAGCUCCAGCAGUGCAGCAUCUCACAUGAGCAGCCUAUACCAGACACAACACGGGGCCACGAAGCAUCAGGAAGUGCGCUGUGUAUGUCAGCUACCAGCAACCAGGCUCACAGUCAAGAAGGAGGGACCCACAAAGGGGAUGCACUUCUACCGAUGCCCCAGGCAGAUGUGUCAGAUGUUUGUAUGGGAGGAGGAUCUGAAGACAGGAAGGCCACAGCUGAGCAUGGAAGUCAUGGCGCAACGCCAGGUCACGGAGGAGACCCUUCAGAUGAGGCAGGAGCUGAAAAGCAAGGAGGAGCAACUGAAGGAAGUGACUGCAGAGCUCAGUCAAGUGAAGGAGAUGGCAAAGGAUGCAGUUGCAGAGGCAAUCACACAGCAGCAGGAAGCAAUGCAGGAGCAGAGGAAGCAACACUUUCACCAGAUACAGCACAUGCAGCAGCAAGUACUCUGGAUGACGGCAGUGGCAGGUGAUGGAGAAGCAACAGAGUGGUCAGUGAGGAAGCCACAGGACGAGGAGCGACAGGAUCGGGACGACGCCCCGUGGAUGAGUCCCAUCUUGUCACAGGAGCAACACAACACAGCACUGAUAUGCCAGUUACGGCAUGAAGGAAGCACAGAAGCCGGGCCGGUGAAGCCAGGCUUUUGGAGGAGAGGGCCAGAAGGAGCAAAGGAGUAUGAGCCAGGCAUUUUGCCGGACACAUAUGAGCCAGGUAGAUUCGUGGGCGUUUUGGAGGAGCCCCCAGAUGAAGACUACUUGGACGAGGCAGAAGGCACUCUGAAAAGAGGAUGCAGGAAGAGGCUGACAAGGGCCAUGAAGCAAGUGAGGAUCGGCGAGGUGUACUCUGAACCAAGAGUCACCAAGCAAGCAGAAGCACAAGGCAUACAAUCGGCAGGAGCAUAUGACCUGAAAAAUGGGUAUGAUUUCACCAAAGCAUCCGACAGGGAGAGAUGCUUCAGGAAGCUUGAGGCUGAAGACCCAGACGUGCUGGUCAUCUCACCUCCAUGCGGUCCAUUCAGCAUACUUCAAGAAUGGAACUACAGGAGGAUGCCACUGAAGAAGGCAGUGGUCAUGCUACAAGAAGGAGUUCAACACUUGAACUUCGCCAUGAGGCUUUAUGAGUGGCAGGUGCGUCGAGGCAAGGUCGCACUGUUUGAACACCCAAAGGGGGCAAGAAGUUGGCAUGAACCCCGGGUGGAAAGAUGCCGCAAGCUGCCAGGAGUCCAACUGGUCGACGCAGACCAAUGCCAGUUUGGAUUGAGGGUGAAGGAGCAUGAGGAGCUCAACAAGAAGCCGACCAGGUUUAUGGUCAACAGCACAGCCAUCGCAGAGCAACUCAGCAGACAAUGCCCAGGAGAACACAAGCACCAAGCGCUAACCAGCGGCAGAGCAAAAGCAGCAGAGGAGUACACACCAGCAUUAUGCCAAGCAAUUAUACAAGGAGCACAGCAACACGCAUCAUCACAAGUGGUGCUGGUGGAGGAAGAUGAAGGUGAAGACCUGGAGGAUGCGUUGGAUAGGGAGUUGGAAGGAGAUGAGGAGACACAGGCUAUCGGAAGAAUGAAGCCGACCACCGAUGAAGAGGUGGAAGAUGAAGACCAAGGCAUCAAACAACUGGCAUGUGCGGUGACGCCGCAAGAGAAAAAGCUAAUACACAAGCUUCAUCAAAACCUGGGACACCCAGCCAGGGAUGAUUUCUGCAGAGCACUGCGGAUGGGACGUGCCAGGGAUGAAGUACUGGAAUACGUCAAGAAAGAAUAUGAGUGCCAGCUCUGCAAACAACACAGCAGGCCAAAGCCAGCAAGGCCAGCAGCUAUCUCCCAAACAUACGAACCCAACAAGGUAGUUGGGAUAGACGUGGUGUUCUUCCCAGGAAUCAGCUCAAAAGAACAAGUGCCAGUUCUCAACAUCACAGACUGGGGAAGCUGCUAUCAAACAUUGGAAAGACUGGAAGGGAUGAGCUCAGAGCAGGUAUGGCAAGCAUUUCAAAGAAGCUGGUGCCGAGUGUUUAGCAUGCCAGAGGUUUUGGUGGUGGACCAAGGAAGAGAAUUCCUUGGAGAAUUCGCCAGGAAAGCAGGAGAGCAUGGAGCAUUGAUCCGAAACAUCGGAGCAAGGGCACCUUGGCAGAAUGGAAGAACCGAAAGACAUGGAGGCAUAGCCAAGGAGAUGUUCAUCAAGAUGAUGGACCAAGUGACACCAAGGUCACCAGAUGAAUGGCAACAGUGCCUACAUCAAGUAGAGGCAGCCAAGAACCGGAUGUUCCACAGGAGCAGCAGCAGACGUGAGGAGAUCUCUGGAGAUCAGAGAUGCAGCCAUGCAAGCAUUUAUCACGCACAAGCAAGCAUCAGCAGAGCAGCAAGAGCACAGACAAGAAAGACGACAGUCUUUCUACCAGGAGAGGUGGUGUACGUGUACAGGAAGCCCCUACCUCGCAAGAGGGACAGCAGAAUCACCACAAGACCAAUGUGGUGUGGGCCAGGAUCGGUCAUCAUGACCGAAGGAAGAAAUGCUUGGAUCUCCAUGCGAGGAGAACUCUGGAAAUGCGCCUUAGAACAAGUCCGCAAGGCCACCGGAGAAGAAGAAGAAGCACUAGGUCUCUUGAAGGAUGAGUUCGAAGAGCUCAAGGAAGACAUGAAGCGGAGACCCAGUAAGAGAGGCUUCAAAGACAUAACAAGCUGGGAGUUUCCACCCAUGGAAGAAGAAGAUGAGGAGCCAAGCGCCGUAAGAAGACGGCUCAUGGAAGAAGAACAACAGACAGAGGGCACUGAAGAAGCAAAGCAGGGCACAGUGUCCGAGCCAUACUCCCCAUCAGCAGGAAAUGACGGAAAUUUUGAGGAGCCCCCGUCAGCAAACAGCACCCCUCAGCACAGACUCAAAUCUCCGGCUAGUGAGGAGCCCCCGGAGAUUCCCCAACCCAUUCCCUCACCUGUCAUGGAGCAAGCCACCAGAGCAACACUACAGAACGAGCGGCUAGAUGGAACAAUUCCAUCCACCCAAUCGGCGAAGAUGUUCGAGCCUGUAAGGGGCCGAAUCGAACGAAUGAGGUGGAGGCCCUAUGAAGAAAGAAGCAAAGAGGACAAGCAAGAGGAGGAAGAAGCACACUCAGCAUGGAUGUGCUGGCAGACACACACCGAAGAAGCAUACAUCCAAACAGCAGAAGAAGUUGCCAAAGAAGAGGUGGAGCUCGAACAGAUGGAGGACGAAUGGCACUUCGAUGUCUCCAGAAAGACAUUGAUCAGGGUGCAUAAUGAGGAAAGAACCCUGAAUUUCAAGCCUCAUGAAAAGGAAUGUCCAAUUAAGCUGAAGAACCUGACCUCAUCCAGGAAGGUGGUCAGAAUCUUUGAAGACGGAAGCCGCCGAAUCCUGAAGGGAGACUGGCGACAGAGUCCAAAGGAGCUGGCACCAGAAGAACACGGGCCCAAGAGAUCAUGGACAGGUUUCACUGAAUUCAGACUCAAGAAGCAUGCAGAUAUGGAGGAAGUAAAAGCAUGGCUCGUAAAGAAGGGCAGCAACGAGCUAGCAGAAGAAGCCAUAACACCCGAAGAAUGGCCACAUUGGAGAAAGGCAGACGAAGAUGAAUGGAACAAAGUGCUCAACACAGGAGCAGUCAAAGUCCUGAGUGAAGAAGAGUCACUUGAGGUUGAAAGGCAGCUCAAGGAGACUGGAAACGAGAAGAGAAUAUUACCCUCUCGGGUAGUACGCAGAUGGAAACCGGCAGAUCAGCCGGGAGAGGCACCAUCUCGAAAGAGUAGGUGGUGUAUCCGGGGAGACAAAGACCCGGAUUUACUCCACUUAAACAGAUAUGCACCUACAGUCACAACAGCAGUGAUCUCAAUAGCAAUGCAGCUGGCAGCAAACAAAGGCUUCAAGACCUACAUAGCAGAUCUGAAGAAUGCCUUUAUGCAGAGCGAUGCCCUGCGAAGAGAACAGGGAAGGCUCUUCUGCAAGCAGCCAAAAGGAGGUCUUCUCAAUAUGAAAUGCAAUCAGAUCAUAGAGGUGCUUGCAGGUGCAUACGGUCUUGGAGAUGCUCCAGCACACUGGAGAAAAUCGCUGAAACGAGUGCUCAUCCAGCUGGGGUAUGUGCAGUCAGAGAUGGAGCUUCAGACCAAGUUCUCUUUUGGUAAGUUUGUCAAUUUGGCAGAACAAGCAGAAGGAGCUUCGUUCAACGGAAGAAGAAUUCGUGUGCUCCCUGGAGGAGGUUUUGAAAUUGACAUGAAGAAGUAUGUUGAAGAACGUUUGGAGGAAGUGAAGUUGGAAAAAGGCAGGAGCACGAUGAAAGAAGAAAAGGCAAACGCAGAAGAGAUUGCAGCAACUAGGGCAGCAGUUGGGGCAGUCACAUGGGCCGCAAAAGAAGGACGCCCAGAUUGCGCAGCUGGUGCAUCGCUCAUAGCAGGCUGUCUGAACUCACUACGUAUCCAGGACAUUCUGGAUCUCAAUAAGAUCAUCAGAGAAACCAAGCAACACCCAAACAUGAGUAUCAAGAUUCAGCCCAUCUCAGAGGACAGAAUGGCAUUUGGAGUUAUCACAGAUGCUGCAUACGCAAAUGCGAGCCAAGGAAGCUCGCAAGGAGGUUUUGGCAUUUUGUGUUACGACAAAGCAUUGGGCAAGACAGGAGUUGCAAAAGGGAACCUGCUCUAUUGGAGGUCUGGAAAGAUUCAUCGAGUGGUCAACUCGACUUUGGCCGCAGAAACCCAAAGUUUAGCCAAGGGCCUCCAAGAACUUGCAUGGACCAUCACGGUCUACAAUGAACUAUGCAUUGCAGACUUUGAGCUCAAAGAGUGGGAAGCAGCUGCCAAAAAGCGAAGACUGGAAGCCAUCACCAAAGAGGAUGUCAGCCCCAUUCUCAGAAAGUGUCUUUGCAUGGUGGAUGCAAAAUCUCUUUACGACCAUUUAGUCAAAACGACUGUGGGGGCCACGGAAGACCGAAGAACGGCAAUCGAGAUGCAAGUGAUCCGGCAAGCGCUUUUAGAGACAUCCACCGAAAUCAAGUGGAUCCGACAUGAACAGAUGCUAGUGGAUUGUCUGACCAAGCGUUUUGGAAACCGCGCUCCGCUUUACCAGCUUGCUACAGCGAAAGACUCACUCGAUCUCGAUGUGGAACCGGCUCGGACGUCCGCGGCAGAGCGUUGGUCGCACUCAGCGCGGCGCAACGUGGCGCUGCCCGCGGCCGGUGCCGCGGUGAGCGCUCUCGGUGUGGAGGCCUUGCGCGCCCUGGUUCUGAAAGCAAGCUUCAGCGCUGCAGACAAGGACCGUGAUGGCAGGAUCUGUCCAGCAGACUUCGCCCUGAUGCUCCGUCGCACCUUUCCAGAAAUCAGCCGCCAGGAGAUUGAUCAGGAAUGGGCCAUGGCGGAUUGCAACUGCAACGGCUUCUUUGAGAUGAAGGAGUUCGGUGAAUGGUUGCGACCAGAGGCUGAUGCAGUGAGUCACCAGCCGCUGCAGGCGGUCUUCCGUUUGUGGGACCUGGCUGUGUCGGGCAGCAUCAGCGGAGCAGAGCUGCAGUUUGUGCUGACCCAGGUUGGGGCCAACCUGAAGCAGGAGGAAGUGGACGAGCUUUUCUCCAUGAUGCAUCCAGCGCAGGAUGGUGAGAUCAGCUUCGAUGAAUUUGUCAGUUUCCUCUUUCCAGCUGAACGUCGGAUUCGGGGGCCCUCCCGCAGCUCGUCACUGGAGCUCCUGCCCUGA